GGUUUCUUUAUAAGUGUAGAAUAAGAUGUUGAAUGAAAAGUGUGAAAACAACAGCCAUUUCGAAUUAUGUUGUUGAAUGCUUCAUGAUUGAUGUGCAAGUGGUUAAGAAAAUAAGUGAAAGAUAUGUAUACUUGUUUAGGAGAGAAAAGGUUUAUUAACGAUACUGAAGACCCAUCUGAUCCUCUUUCUCCUACUAAAAAGAAGAAUUGUACUCAACUUGACUCGAUUACCGAAAACUCCCCUAAGAAAGAUACUGAAACCCUUUUGAAGUUUUUGUCGUGGAAUGUAAACAGUUUGAAGCGAGUAUUGGAAAGAAAACAGUUGGUCAAUCUAGUUAGUCAAGAGGAUCCUGACUUUAUUUGUUUGCAAGAAACCAAAUUAACUGAAGAUAAAGUACCCGGUGCCUUUUUGUUACCACAAUAUAAGAAGUUUUUCAAUUGUUGUGAGACAAAACGUGGAUAUUCGGGAACUGCAUUGUUUAGUAAAAUGGCUCCCAUCGCUGUCUUAAAGGACUUUGAAGGUGUCUACUCGGAACAUAAUAAGACUGGUCGUUUGAUAGUAGCAGAAUAUGAGAAUUUUUAUGUAGCUAGUGUUUAUGUACCCAACUCGGGAGAUAAAUUGAAGAACUUGGAGUAUCGUGUUCACUCAUGGGAUCCUAGCUUUUGCUCUUAUAUAUGUGAAUUACAAAUGAAGAAGCCAAUCGUUCUAUUGGGUGAUUUAAACGUUGCGCAUCAAGAUAUAGAUGUGUAUGCUCCCGAACGUUUGGGUUCCAAAGCUGGUUUUGUUCAAAGUGAACGUAACAAUUUUUCAAAAUUUUUAGAAGAAACCAAAAUGGUCGAUUCCUUUCGGUAUCUUUAUCCACAUAGAAAAGAAGCUUAUUCUUUUUGGGAUUAUAAAACAGGAGGCCGACUUCGUAACCAAGGUUGGAGAAUUGAUUAUUGUCUAUUAUCUUCCUCUUUGGUGAGCAAUUUAGUGGAUGCCUUUAUAUUGGAUAAGAUAGAAGGAAGUGAUCAUUGUCCGAUUGGAAUUCAAAUGAGAAUUUUUUAGAAUUGGUGGAGAGAAUUGACAGU